CCGCACUUGUAUACACAUACGAUCAUCUGGCCUGAUGGAUAGCGUCAAAAUACCACAGGUAUCAUCGCCCAAAGGCGUAUCAGACAGCGAUGUAACUGUCGAGGGCAUCCAAGGGGCGAUAGGCGAUACCAUCGAUUCUCGCGCAGAGCGGGCGCUGGUCUGGAAAUUCGACCUGCGCAUCCUGCCGGUGCUGGCAAUCAUGUAUCUCUUCAACAGCCUCGACAAGUCCAACCUAGGCAAUGCGAAGACCGCGGGCUUGGAAGAGACGCUUCGGCUGCAGGGCAACCAGUAUAACCUAAUCCUCAGCAUCUUCUUCAUCCCCUACGUCUUGACUGCGCCUUUCCUCGCGGUGUUAGGCAAAAAAUACGGUCCGAAUAUCGUGCUGCCGUGCAUGAUGCUAACAUUCGGCUUAUGCACCAUCCUGGUUGUUGCUGUAUUCAAUUUUGGAGGGCUAUUGGCAAUCAGAUGGUUCCUUGGAAUGUCGGAAAGUGCCUUCUUCCCUCUGGUCAUCUACUAUCUCACGACAUUCUAUCGUCGCGGAGAGCUCGCUCGCCGUCUGGCCAUUUUCUAUGCCGCACAAAGCAUUGCCUCUGCAUUCUCCGGCCUUCUCGCCUUUGGCGUCUUCCGCAUCGGCUCUGGGCCCCUGGCAUCAUGGCGCUACCUCUUUCUCAUCGAGGGAGGCGGCACUGUUUUGUUCGCGAUAUUCACGCUCUGGUAUUUGCCAAGGUCAUCUACCGAAGCUACAUUCCUGUCGGACGACGAAAAAACCUUAGCCUUCAGGCGGAUGCAGCUUGACAGCUCAGCAGUUGUCAAUGAACGCCUGAAUAUCCGAGACUCUCUUCGGAUCUUCAAACAUGGUACGAGCUGGGCAAUCAUUGGUAUUCAGAUCUGCCUCGGCGUGCCCCUUCAGUCAGUCCAGCUGUUUCUACCCGUUAUCAUCAAACGACUGGGAUACGACACGGUCAAGACCAACCUGUACACCGUUGCACCCAAUGUAUCCGGCGCGGUGAUGCUUCUCAUUCUAGCAUUCUGCAGCGACUGGACGCGGUGGCGAUUCCCAUUCGUCGCACUCGGAUUCCUAUUCACCUUUAUCGGAAUGGUUAUCUUCGUUUCCAUCGAUGUUGAACGCGACAUCAACGUGGCCUACUUCGCCUCGUUUAUGAUGACCUGGGGCACAUCGGCCCCGUCUGUUUUACUAGAUGCAUGGUACAAUAACAACAUCGCGAGUGAAGGGAAGAGAGUCGUUCUGACCAGUGUUGCUGUACCCAUGGCUAAUCUGAUGGGCUUGGUGAGCUCUAAUAUUUUUCGCGACCAGGAUGCUCCGAAGUACUUGCCUGCGUUGAUUACUACAGCAGCGUUUGGGGGAGCUGGUAUUUUCUUUACUCUUGCUCUCGGCUUUUGGAUGAUGUAUGACAAUUCAAGGAGGAACCGGAGACAGGGUACUGUUCUCACGGCUAUGGAUGUACCCACGGAGAUGCUAAGGGAAGGGCCAGCGUCUCCAGAUUUCCGUUGGUUUUAUUAGACUUAUCUAUCGCUAGUGUAUCCUAAUCUGAACUGUCGAAUUUUAAUAUGAAUAAUGUAGCUGUAGCGAGUGUCUAGCCGUGUCCUGGGCUUGCCAUCGGCAGUAU